AUGGCCUUUUCGUUCGGAAAUACGGAUAGAAACUGGCUUAGUCUUAUCAACCCACCUGUAAAAUGGCAGGCCUUUGACACAGGAAAUCAAAUACCACCAUUACAGAACCUUGACCCCGAUCAGUCACCUCAAAAAUGGCUAGAACUUUUCACAUUGAUUUACCGUAAAAUGGAAGGUAUGGAACACCAGAUGGUAAGAAAGAACGAACGCAUUGACCAACUAGAGUUACACAUCGCUCGUCAGAUGACUACUAUAAAGCGGCUAGAACAGGAGAUGUUAUCAAUGAAGGAUACGAUGUUAGAGAAGGAAGUGACUACAAACGAUAUCGCUACGAGAGUAUCAGACUUGGAAACGUUCCUAGCUCUCAAUUCAAGUCCAGGGAACAGUGCAUUUAAACAAACCUCUAAACCUUAUCAGAAUUCACGAUACAGACUAGGUAAAUUAUCAGACUCCAUAUCUAGAGUUGUGAACAUGUCUUCCUCACAAGCCCUUACUCUUCAGGCUUCCAAUCCUCAAAAUGACGGUAUCAUGCCGCCUAGAUCUAAACAACAUCUCCGGGAUGAGGACAACCACCAUCCCUAUCAACCCGAUGACCACAGUAAUUAUACAAUCUCGGGAGAUUUAUUGAAAUCAAGAUUCAAACCAAAAGGAGCCGCUUCGUUCUCUCUUCAGGAACCAGUUGCGUUUCAUGUGUUUCUAUCCAGGGACGCAUGGGUUGUUAAUGAUGACGUAAUAAUGUACGACCAGGUGGCGCUAGAUCAGGGGGACGGAUACGUCCCGAGACUAGGAAUCUACGUCGUCCCAGAGUCCGGUACAUAUGUCAUCACUUGGACGAUGUAUUGUUACGGACAGGAACUUUUCCGGACUCUCCUUUUGUUGAAUGGAGAUGUUAAAGGAUCCUCAUGGACAGAUUCGGAAUUGUCCAAAGAUAUCCAUCAAAGUUCCGCUCUCGUCGUCCUCACGCUGAACCAGGGAGACCAUGUCUUUAUCCGCAUGGGACCCAUCUUCGGAAACGCGACAUUAUUAAGUCGAAACGACGUAGCAGUGUCCACAUUCUCCGGCUGGAAACUUGGCUGA